AGGAUCAGAAGAUGGAGGUCUCCUGAAGCAGCUGUUACUCUCAAUCAUCAUCUUCCUAUGCGCAGUCUUGAAGUUAAAAACAGAACGUCAGCGAGCGAGAUCCAAUGCCUUAGACUAAUUACAGCAAUUAAAACCCCUUAUUUGCCGGAUGGGAGAUUCGACCUAGAAGCAUAUGAUUCCUUAGUGCAUAUGCAGAUCCUCAAUGGUGUUGAAGGGGUCAUAGUUGGAGGGACCACAGGAGAAGGUCACCUCAUGAGCUGGGACGAACAUGUAAUGCUCAUUGCUCACACUGUCAAUUGCUUUGGUUCGUCGAUCAAAGUAAUCGGAAAUACCGGAAGCAACUCAACCGGAGAGGCCGUCCAUGCAACUGAGCAGGGCUUUGCUGUGGGUAUGCAUGCGGCUCUUCACAUAAAUCCUUACUAUGGGAAGACAUCCAUGCAAGGGCUAAUUUCCCAUUUUGAGACCGUACUUUCGAUGGGCCCGACGAUCAUAUACAACGUGCCAUCUCGAACCGGACAGGACAUUCCUCCUCAAGUUAUUCACGAGAUUUCUCAUGACGCUAACAUGGCUGGUGUUAAAGAAUGCGUGGGAAAUGACAGGGUGAAAGAUCAUGCGGAUAAAGGGAUUGUGAUAUGGAGCGGAAAUGACAACGAGUGCCAUGAUGCUAGAUGGGGAUAUGGGGCUACCGGGGUUAUUUCUGUUACUAGUAAUCUUGUGCCAGGUUUAUUUCACAAGCUGAUGUUCGACGGGAAGAAUCCUUUGCUCAAUGAGAAGCUGAUGCCUUUGAUCGAUUGGUUGUUCUGCGAGCCAAACCCCAUCGGCCUGAAUACUGCUCUCGCCCAGCUCGGGGUUAUAAGGCCAGUUUUCAGGUUGCCUUAUGUUCCUCUUCCUCUUGCUAAGAGAGUCGAAUUCGUCAAAAUCGUUCAGUCCAUCGGUCGGGAGUUUUUUGUGGGAGACAAAGAUGUUCAGGUUCUUGAUGAUGACGACUUUUUAUUAGUUGGUAGGUAUUAGUGGAGCUGCAGUCUGCUAGCUGUUUUAAUUGCUGCCUCCAAACUAUUAUCAUCUUUUUGUAACUUAAUAUUACUUUGAUUAGCAUGUUUUAUUCCUCCCGAUAUAAAAUGAACCAAGAGUGAGACUAGCAAUAUUCCUGGUGUUAUGCGGGGUUCUUCUUUGUAUUUUCUUUCGAACCGAAGAAGCGUUAUAAGAGAUUGUUGCUUUUCAAUAUAUUAGAUGGUUAUUUUGUUGCACUUGUA